GGAGCAGCAGCAGAAGCAGCCAAAGGAGCCUGAGCCCCAGCUGCGAGGUUCGGGGCCCAGACCCCCCAAACCCCGAGCCUGGGGGCCCGGCGGGGCGAUCGUGCCCUCUUGCCUGCUGCUGCCGGCGCCCACGACCAUGCCGGGCGUUGGGGUGGCAGGACCCCAGGCGCCUAGCAGCGGACCCCGCAGCCCCUCUCCCGGGCCGGGCUGGUUUUGAGGUCCAGGGGGUCACCAGAUCGCCUCCAGCUCUCCCCUCCAACGGCCCAGCCAAACGGAGGACCGACCGAGCCACGCUCCAACCUGACCUGACCAUGGCGUCCAUCUCCGGCCUGGUGUGAGGACCCCCCCGGCCCGAGCCAGGCGAGGUGAGUCCGCGCUCCCGUACCGAGUCCCCGAGUCCCCGGCCGGGCCCUGGGCAAGCACAGGGCAACGCCCCACGUGUGUGGGAGCCAUGCGGAUCCUGGCUAACAAGACAAGGUUACCCCACCCCAGGAGAAGAGACGCGCCCGGGAGCCCGCCGCUCUCCCUGUCCCCCCGCGGCCACUGCCCCCCUGCCCCAGCCAAGCCAAUGCACCCCGAAAAUAAGUUGACCAAUCACGUCAAGACGGGGAAUGGCAGCGGGGUCCAGUCCCAGCACCAGAAUGUGAACCAAGGACCCACCUGCAGCUUGGGCGCCAAGGGCGUGGGGGCGGGGAGCCAGGGAGCGAAGGCCAGCCAGCUCUCACCUAGCACCCCAACUCUGAAGAACCCCCAGGGAGGGGUGCCCCCUUUCAGCUCUCUCAAGGGCAAAGUGAAGCGGGAACGGAGCGUGUCAGUGGACUCCGGAGAGCAGCGAGAGGCUGGGACCCCAUCCCUGGACUCAGAACCCAAAGAAGGGGCACCCCGGAGCAAGAGGCGCUGUGUGCUGGAGCGGAAGCAGCCCUACAGUGGGGACGAGUGGUGCUCUGGACCAGACAGCGAGGAGGACGACAAGCCCAUCGCGGCCCCCCACAAUUGUAAUGUAGCCGACCCCGUCAUGGCGACCCCACAGCUGGGUCCUGGCCAAGCCACCCAGUUGUCCCUCAGCGAGAACAGCGCGCCUGGCCCCCCGCAUGGACCCCCUCCAGGCCUCCGGCCCGAUGCCCCCAGUGGCGGGGGCACGGGUGUCCCUGGAAAACCCCCUUCCCAGUUCAUGUACGUCUUCACCACCCACCUGGCCAACACGGCAGCGGAGGCUGUGCUGCAGGGCCGGGCAGACUCCAUUCUCGCCUACCACCAGCAGAACGUACCUCGGGCCAAGCUCGACCAGGCACCCAAAAUACCACCCACCCCAGAGCCACUGCCUGCGGGUACCCCGCAGUCCCAGCCUCCUCCGCUGCCGCCAUCUUCAGCCCCGGGCAGCGCCCCACCAGUCCUGCCUUCUGAGGGGCCUCCGGAAGAUACCACCCAAGACCUGACCCCCAACUCGGUGGGGGCCGCCAGCACAGGGGGCGGGACCGGAGGUACCCACCCGAACACCCCAACAGCCCCAUCGGCCAACAACCCACUGCCUCCCGGAGGAGACCCGAGCAGCAUCCCCGGGCCGGCACUUCUUGGGGAGGCAGCACCUCCUGGGGGUGGUCCCCGGGGCCUGGUGGGCUCCGAGGGUCUGUCCAAGGAGCAGCUGGAACAUCGGGAGCGCUCGCUGCAGACCCUGAGGGACAUCGAACGGCUGUUGCUUCGAAGUGGGGAGACUGAGCCCUUCCUCAAGGGGCCUCCUGGCAGCGCUGGGGACGUGGGGCCCCCUGCACCGGCCCCGCAGGCACCCCAGCCACCACCCGCCGCCCCCCCUACAGGGCUGAAGAAGUACGAAGAGCCCUUACAGUCCAUGAUCUCGCAAACGCAGAGCCUGGGGGGCCCCCCGCUGGAGCAUGAUGUACCGGGACACCCGCCCGGGGGGGACAUGGGACCGCAGAUGAACAUGAUGAUGCAGCGACUGGGCCAAGACAGUCUGACCCCUGAGCAGGUGGCUUGGAGAAAGCUGCAGGAAGAGUAUUACGAGGAGAAACGGCGCAAGGAGGAGCAGAUGGGGCUCCAUGGGGGCCGGCCGCUGCAGGACAUGGUGGGCCUGGGCGGCAUGAUGGUGAGGGGGCCACCGCCGCCCUACCACAGCAAGCCGGGGGAGCAGUGGCCUCCUGGCAUGGGGGCCCAGCUGCGGGGGCCUAUGGACGUUCAAGACCCCAUGCAGCUUCGCGGUGGACCCCCUUUCCCCGGCCCUCGUUUCCCAGGCAACCAGAUGCAGAGGGUCCCGGGCUUCGGAGGCAUGCAGGGGAUGCCCAUGGACAUGCCCAUGAACGCCAUGCAGAGGCCUGUGAGGCCAGGCAUGGGCUGGACUGAAGACUUGGCCCCUAUGGGUGGACCUAGCAAUUUCGUGCAGAACGCGGUGCCCUACCCAGCUGGGCAGAGUGAAGCCGAGCGUUUCUUGACACCGCGAGUCCGAGAGGAGCUGCUGAGACACCCCCUGCUAGAGAAGAGGCCCAUGGGCAUGCAGCGCCCAUUGGGCAUGAGUGGCGGUGGCAUGGGGCAGGGCCUAGAGAUGGAGCGCAUGCUGCAGGCGCACCGGCAGAUGGAACCAACCAUGUUUCCGGGACAGAUGGCUGGCGGCGAGGGCCUGGCAGGCAACCCCCUGGGCAUGGAGUUCGGGGGUGGUCGAGGCCUCCUGAGUCCCCCCAUCGGGCAGACGGGGCUGAGGGACGUGGACCAGCCCCUGGGGCCCAGCAACCUGAAUAUGAAUAUGAACGUGAACAUGAACAUGAACAUGAACUUGAAUGUGCAGAUGACACCCCAGCAGCAGAUGCUCAUGUCGCAGAAGAUGCGGGGUCCCGGUGACAUGCUUGGGCCGCAGGGCCUGAGUCCCGAAGACAUGGCCCGGGUGCGAGCCCAGAACUCCAGCGGCCUCAUGGGCGGGCCCCAGAAGAUGCUGCUGCCCUCGCAGUUCCCCCCGCAAGGCCAGCAGACCUUCUCGGGGGGCCAGGGGUCCUACCAAGCCAUGCCCCAGGACCUGGGUGGCACCCAGGACAUGUUCAGCCCUGACCAGAACGCCAUGCCCAUGGGCGGCGUGGGCACCGCCCGGCUCAGCCACAUGCCCCUGCCCCCAGCAUCCAACGCUGCCCCUGGCGCCGUGCACCCCGCGCCCACGCGGGGUCUGGGCCGGCGGCCGUCUGACCUCACCAUCAGUAUUAACCAACUGGGCUCCCCGGGUAUGGGGCACCUGAAGUCGCCCACCCUCAGCCAGGUGCACUCGCCCCUGGUCACCUCACCCUCUGCCAACCUCAAGUCACCCCAGACCCCCUCGCAGAUGGUGCCCCUGCCUUCAGCCAACCCACCAGGACCCCUCAAGUCGCCCCAAGUCCUCAGCUCCUCCCUCAGCGUCCGCUCACCCACUGGCUCUCCCAGUAGGCUCAAGUCCCCCUCCAUGGCCAUGCCUUCCCCGGGCUGGGUGGCCUCACCCAAGACAGCCAUGCCCAGUCCCGGGGUCCCCCAGAACAAACAGCCGCCUCUCAAUAUGAACUCUUCCGCCUCCCUGGGCAACAUAGAAUCGGGUGCCCUCCCGCCUAGUGGCCCCCGGAGCAGCUCCUCAGCACCUCCUGCCAACCCUUCGGGUGGCCUCAUGAACCCCAGUCUACCCUUUACUUCCUCCCCGGACCCCACGCCUUCGCAGAACCCUCUGUCCCUGAUGAUGUCACAGAUGUCCAAGUACGCCAUGCCCAGCUCCACCCCACUGUACCACAAUGCCAUCAAGACCAUUGCCACCUCCGAUGACGAACUGCUGCCCGACCGGACCCUAUUGCACCCGCCACCGCCACCACCACAGGGCUCGGGGCCAGGGAUCAGCAGUAACCAGCCCAACCAGAUGCACCUGAACUCCGCUGCCGGCCAGAGCCCUAUGGGCAUGGCCCUGCCCGGGCAGCAGCCUCUGUCCCACGAACCACCGCCCACCAUGCUACCCUCUCCUACCCCACUGGGCUCCAGCCUCCCACUGCACCCCAAUGCACAGGGGAGCGGAGGCCCACCCCAGAACUCCAUGAUGAUGGCUCCGGGGGGCCCAGACACCCUGAACGCCCCUUGUGGCCCUGUGCCCAACUCCUCGCAGAUGGUGCCCUUCCCCCCGCGGCUACAGGCCCCCCACGCUGCCAUGGCCCCCAGUGGGGCAGGGGGCGGGGGCCCCGGGCUGCAGCAGCACUACCCUACGGGCCUCCCACUGCCCCCCGAGGACCUGCCCAGCCAGCCGCAAGGCCCCAUGCCCCCGCAGCCUCACCUGAUGGCCAAAGGCAUGGCUGGCCGCAUGGGGGACGCCUACCCCUCGGGCAUGCUCCCCGGAGUGGCCUCGGUUCUCAACGACCCGGAGCUGAGCGAAGUGAUUCGGCCCACCCCGACGGGCAUCCCCGAGUUCGACUUGUCGAGGAUCAUCCCCUCGGAGAAGCCCAGCAGUACCUUGCAAUACUUCCCCAAGAGUGAGAACCAGCCCCCCAAGGCCCAGCCCCCCAACUUGCACCUCCUGAACCUGCAGAACAUGAUGGCGGAGCAGACACCCUCACGGCCCCCGAACCUUCCAGGCCAGCAGGGCGUGCAGCGGGGGCUCAGCAUGUCCAUGUGCCACCCUGGACAGAUGUCACUGUUGGGCAGGACAGGUGUGCCCCCACAGCAGGGCCUGGUACCCCACGGCCUGCACCAGGGGGUCGUGCCCCCUCCACAAGGCCUCAUGAGCCAGCAGAAUUUCCUGCUGAUGAAGCAGCGGGGUGUGGGUGGCGAGGUCUACAGCCAGCCCCCCCACAUGCUGUCCCCACAGGGCUCGCUCAUGGGCCCCCCACCCCAGCAGAACCUCAUGGUGUCUCACCCGCUGAGACAGCGCAGCGUGUCUGUGGACGGUCAGAUGGGCUAUCUGCCCGCGCCGGGCGGCAUGGCCAACUUGCCCUUCUAAUGCUGGCCUGGGCGAGGGGGUGAUGUGGGGGGAGGUGGGCAUGUCUGUGGAGACCAGGUGUGUUGGCAACAGAGGGAGAUGUGGCCAAGUGGGGUGGGGGCUGUUGGGGUCGUGGCCUCGUGUUGGCCAGCAGGACUGUUCCCCCUUUUCUGUCUUGGUCUUCCAAGUCCCUGGAGCCUCUUCUAGCUCAUUUUCUGUACCCUUCUGUGGCCUCGGGUCAGCUCUGUUUUGACUCUUUAAGGAGAUGGGGUCUUGGAGUAAGAGGCCCCCCUUUUCCUUCGUCCCUCUCCUCUCUGAUCCUUCACCCCUCUCUUGAGCUGGGUUUGCUUUCCUUCUCUGUUUCUUUCCUACCCCCUUCCCCUGUUUCCUCUUGUCUUUUUCCCACCUCAUUGCCUCCCCCUGCACAUGUGGCUGGCCCCCUCCCAUCCCUCUCUGUGGGCGGCUGGCCAGGUGGGCAGGCGCCAGCCGCAGCUGUAAAUAGGGCUGCGCUUUCGUGCCUCUGUGCGUGUGUGCGUGUGUUGUUUUUCUGUGUUUUGAUAAAAAGUCACACAAAAAAAGGAUAAAAGAAUCCGUGCCCCCAGUUGAAGAGAUUGCCUUCUCACCCCUACCUGUCCUUCUAUACCCCUGCCUGCGCUCCCAUACCCCUGCCCGUUCUACCCAUCUUUGCCCACUCUUCCAUACCCCUACCCUAUUUGCAGUCCUCAGCAUCAGAGAUGUGGCCAUCCCCCUUGGUGAAGUGACCCAGGUGUCCCCCGCCUGAGCUGUGGGCAGACCACCCAGAUUUUUCGGCUGUUGAGCCCAGGGCAGGUGUCAGACCUUCCCCGAAUACCAGCUUGCUGCUGAAAGGUUGUGGGGAGCAGCUUUAUCUUAGCCGGAACUUGAAGUCUUGGGGUCUUCGAUGAAGGGAAGGAGAAAGGGGGACAGGGCCAGCCUGGAAUCCAGGCCUGUUAUGUUAGCCCAGGGCCCUAUUUCUGGAGACUCCCACUGCCUCCUGGGCCAGAAGCAAGAGGAUUGGCUGAGCCACUGGGGCAGGUACCCAGCCCUUCCUGGGUCCAGAAAGCCUGUCCUGCAGUGUUGUCUUGCUCUGCCCUCUUGCAGACUGAAGCCAUACUUGGGGGCUUGUCCCCCUGGGCCCCAGGAGUAAAGCACUUCUUCCGACCUCUUCCUCGCUGGUGCCCGUGCUGGGAGGCAGCAGCUUCCUAGCCCAGGCCCUCUGUCCCUGGGGCCUUUUCUAGACCUUUUUGAGGUAUCUCCUGCUGAGCUGGGAGGGGGUCUGCUUUCUCUGGCAGCUAUUCAAAGGGAUUCCCCACUUCUCCCUCUGGUGCUGUCCUCAGCCCCCUCUCCCCCCAGCCGCCUGCAGGGCCCCAGACCCUCCAGGAGUCGAUCCCUUACUCUGGGCUUGGGGACCACUUGCCCUUCUGCCAGGCACUUUGCCCACACUGUUCCACCGGGACCCCAUAUCCCUGAACCUUCCAUCCCAGUCAAGAACUCCCCCCCCAAAAAAAAACUGACUCAUGUUUCCUGCUCUGAGGAGAGAGGGGAGUCAGAUGGCAAAGGGUCCAGUGCCUCUGGCCCCCCCACCUCUGCCACCAGAUUAGCUCUUUAAGGUGAGCACCAUAGACCAGCCGCCUGUCCCCCCCCAUCCAUGGCCACGCCCCCGGCCAUUUUGUACCAUUAUAUAAAUAUAUAUAUAAAUAUAAAUAUAUAAAUACCAUAUGUGAAGACAUCUUCUUGGUUUUUAUUUUGAGACAAUUUUUAGGCUUGUUCCGGGGGUCUCUGUGCUGCCUGUACUGUAUUGACCUGUUUUAUAGGUGCCUUUUUAUUAAAAAGAGAAAAUGAGAAAUCUGA